AUGGUGGUACUCAUGGUGAUGGUGUUCGGAUGCAGUGCCACGGUUGGAAGCUUCUGCAAUCCUGUGGGUGUCUGGCAAGGGACUGCAGCCAAGAAGACCACACCGGAUAAAGGACAGUGCAGCCGCAUCUUCCCUCCCCAGCUCGGCACGCUACAGAUCAUCCACGGCAACGGCACAGCUGUGGGGACAGUGAUAGCAUUCCAGUGCUCUGCCGAUCACCAGCUGGAGGGACCAGGCGUCAUCACCUGCAUUUGGAAAGGGAACAGUACCCAGUGGACGGCUGGAGCGCCCUCCUGCAAGCCCAUAUCGAAGUAUGAGACGUUCGGGUUCAAGGUCGCAGUGAUUGCCUCCAUCGUGAGCUGUGCCGUCAUUCUGCUGAUGUCCAUGGCUUUUUUAACUUGUUGUCUUAUCAAGUGCGUGAAGAAAAGUGAAAGGAGGAGGACUCAAAGAGAGAUGCAGCUGUGGUACCAGCUCAGAACAGAAGAAAUAGAGCACAUGCAAGCUGCCUACUUUGGUUUUAAAGGAAGAAACAACAACAACAACAAUAAGAAACUCAGGAAUAAACCUGGAUUUGAUGACAUGACUAAUGUGGCGUAUGAUAACCAAGGCUUCUACAGGUUCCAGGAGGAGUGGACUCGAGACACGGAAGCUCCUGGGUGUUGCAAAGACAACAACCGUCUGCCCAAGCCAGCGCAGAGCAGCAGCGCGCCUGUGAAACACGCUGUGCCAGGACACGGUGCCACGGUGCAGACGGUGGAUUCAAUACAUGUCGUCGAAGUCUACGGACAUCAGGAUAGUUACAACAAACUGAGCUGUUGGAUACCUGGAUAGCUGGUGUCUGAAAUGUAACUGCUCCUCUGGACCAAAAUGGUAUUUGGAUAGAAACAUGUGCCUUAAAGACAACACAGUUAAUUAUUCCUAUGAAUUUGAACAUUUUCUAUAUUCCAGGGUGGUUAUUUAGCAGAAAUGCUCCAAGGUCUGAUACAAAUAAAAGAAGUUACGUUGAGGCUGGCAGUCCGUA